AUGGAGUCCAAAAUGAGAAAAAUCCGUGUCAUUUGGUCUGAUCCAUAUGCUACCGAAUCUGAUUCGAGUGAUGAUGAAUCUGAUACGAAAUCGAUUAGAAAACUCCUAGAGCCUGAGAGUUCUUGUCAAGACAGUAAUAACAGUGCUAAACCCCCCAAUAAGAAGAGAAGGGUUUUGCCUAAAAACCCUACGUCAACAACCCAAGAUAAGAAACUAGCACCAAAGAAACCAGUAGGUGUUAGGCAAAGGAAAUGGGGUAAAUGGGCAGCUGAGAUUAGGAAUCCAAUGACAAAAGUGAGGACUUGGUUGGGCACUUUCAAUACUCUUGAAGAAGCUGCUCAAGCCUACGAAGCAAAGAAACAGGAGUAUGAUGCUAUGGCUAUGGUAGCCUCUGAGAAAAGCCAAAACAUGUCAUCAUCUGUUGCUGUCUCUCAAUCUCAUUCUCAUAACAGCAGCAAAAACCAAGUCAGUUCUGCUUCUUCUGAUGAUACUGAUGAUAGCGUUGUUUCUCAUACUUCCCCUGCUUGUGUUCUUGAGCUUGAUACUUCUGUGGUGUCAAAUGUUACCGGUGAUUGUGGUCUUUUGAUCAAAGAUGAAGAUGUUAGCACGUCUAUUGCGGAUCUUGAGGUACCUGAUUUGGCUUUUUUGAACGAUCCAUUGGCCUCUUGCCCGAUUGAUCAAGAUCUUAACUUGGGUCUUGAUUUUGAGAAUCUUAUUGAUGAGUUUGGUCGAUUUUAUGAUGAUUACUGUGGCAUUGAUGAUCUUGAUAUUUGUGGGUUAAACGGUGAAGAACCAAGUGAGCUUCCUGAUUAUGAUUUCGAGUUUGGCAACGAGGAGUUCUCUUAUUUGGAUGAUCAUCAACAGAAACCCCUCAACAUUGCAUGCCUAUAA